AUGGACUCGGUAGCCCACGAUCCUCUCGAGCCCGUCAAGCGGUACCACGACGGUGUCUUCGUAGAGGCAGAACGAGUGCAUGGUUCAGGAACCCUCUUUCACGUUACCGGCGACAUUAUCGCGGCUAGAGGCAUGAGGUACGAGGAGAGAGAAGACUUUUCUCCUGGCCAGUCGGCCCGUCUACACCGAACGACACCAAUCGGAGUUGUUUACAAGGCCGAUUUCGAUUCCGGGCGAUUGGGCUCUGUCUUGGGAGACUUGCCGACACCAACUAAACAGCAGGGAGUAAACUUUUGGAAGAAGAGCGAUGUACCUGGAGAGAUUGAGAUAAUUUGGACAAAGGAGGAUGGGGAGCCCUACGGACCUGGCGAAUCUCGAAGGCCAAUCAUGAAAUGCAAUGAGUGGACGAAUCUCGCAAUUCGAGCAUUGAGCAGGCGGGGCAUCCUGCGCGUAUGA